AACUUUGGCUUGAAGAUGAGGACUGAAUCAUCUCAGACAUCCAGUUACCCGCAGUGUACCCGACCCAAGUGGACGUUGAUCUUAUUUUCUCAUUCUGAAAGGCGGCCAGGAUGUUUAUCCUGCUUGUGGCCUCUUUUCUGACCUUCCUGUGCGACGCACAGCAACCCCCCACGAUCAAACUGAAUUCUGUGAUUGUGGCUCAAGACUAUGUGGUUGUGAGAGUCAACAAGCCCUUAACCCUUACCUGUGUGGGAAGGAAUGUGACAUGGAUGCCCAGGCUGUCCAAGCACCGAAGACACAUCUCGGAUAUCAAUGGUGCACGCAGCAUCUUCAAGGUGGACAAUCCUACUGUGGACUACACAGGCACAUACAGGUGUUACAAUCAGAACCAGCCGGACUUGGGCUCUUCGGUUCAUGUCUACGUCAAAGACCCCCAAAACCUUUUCACGUCGGGAUACAUGUACAGACCAGUAAAGAAAGAAGGCGAUGACCUCCUGUUACCUUGUCUUCUGACGGACCCUGAUGCCACUGACUUCUCCCUUCGUAUGGACAAUGGCACCUCUGUGCCCCAGGCCAUGAACUACACCACUGACCCCAGGAAGGGUAUCUUCAUCUGGAACCUUCAGCCUAGCUUCAUUGCGGACUAUGUCUGCUCUGCCAGGAUCAACGGGGUGGAGAAAAUCUCCAGACCUUUCUCUAUCAACGUCAUUCAGAGGCUACGUUUCCCGCCAUAUGUAUUCCUGGACGAGGUCGAGUACGUUCGCAUUGUGGGAGAGAGUCUUCGCAUCUCCUGCAAAACUCACAACCCCAAUUUCAAUUACAAUGUCACGUGGAAACACUCCUCCCGCACUAAACUGAACGUGGAAGAAAUUGUGAAUGCAGUGGAUACUGAGGGCAACCGUCUUGACAUUGAGAGCAUAUUAACAAUCCCUGCAGUAAACCUGUCCGAUACUGGAAACAUUACCUGCACUGGCAGUAAUGAAGCAGGUGUUAACAGGACGACCACCUACUUGGAGGUUGUGGAGAAGCCGUAUAUCAGGCUUUCACUAGAGCUUUCACCAAAAGUUACUCGAGAGGAUAUGUCUGUGAAGGUCAAUGAGGGGGAUGAUCUGGAGCUUGGCGUCCAUAUUGAAGCAUACCCUGAGAUCAAGGAUCAAGGGUGGAUGACUUCUGCAUCUCAGAAUGACUUCUCAGAGUCAAGCAGCUUCAAUCGCUACAACAACAGGUUUGCGGCAAAGCUUGUGCUGAAAAGGAUGACCUCCCUGGAACAGGGCUGGUAUACCUUCUACGCCAGGAGUGAAAGGAUCAACAAUUCCAUCAGCUUCAGAGUGCAGACCUACCAGAAACCUUCUGCCACAGUGAGGUGGGAAAAUGGCACCACACUGACCUGCAAUGCCUUUGGGUUCCCAGCUCCCAGCAUCCACUGGUACCAGUGCUCUGGAAUUAGAACCACGUGCAGAGAGAAUACCACAGAUGCUCUAAAGGUGCUUCCAGCGCAGACAGUGGAGGUCCUGCAUGAGGCGUCCAGCCAAGAGGAGGUGGAGAGCACGUUGCCCGUGGGACCAAUCAGCCACAGGACAACAUUUGAGUGUGUGGCCUCCAGCCUAGUGGGGGAGGCAAGUGACGCAUUCAGCAUGGAGGUCUCUCAAAACAAGCUGUUCAUGCCAACCCUGGUUGGAGCUUCUGCCCUGGCAGCAUUUUUCCUGUUGCUCCUGAUGAUACUGCUCUACAAGUACAAGCAGAAACCCAGGUAUGAAAUCCGCUGGAAGAUCAUUGAAGCCAGCAAUGGGAACAACUACACCUUUAUUGACCCUAUGCAUCUGCCGUAUAAUGAGAAAUGGGAGUUUCCCAGGACCCAGCUGAAGCUAGGGAAGGUUCUGGGUGCUGGGGCUUUUGGGAAGGUUGUGGAGGCCACUGCAUUCGGCCUGGGAAAGGACGACAACGUCACACGUGUUGCUGUGAAGAUGCUCAAACCCAGUGCACACUCUGAUGAGAAAGAAGCCCUGAUAUCUGAACUGAAGAUCCUGAGCCAUCUGGGGGAGCACAAGAACAUUGUGAACUUACUGGGCGCCUGCACUCAUGGAGGUCCUGUCCUGGUGAUUACUGAGUACUGCAGGCAUGGUGACCUCCUUAAUUUCCUGAGGAACAAGGCCGACACUUUCCUCAGCUUUGUAAUGAACAUGCCAGACUGCCAGGAGGAGACCACCAACUACAAGAAUGUGUGUUUAGAUAAGAAGUACAUAAGAAGCGACAGUGGGAUCUCGAGUUCAUGUUCUGACAACUACCAAGAGAUGAAGCCAGUCCCUCUACUUGUGCCAGCCUCGGCAAAUGUGCCCCUGUGUGACAAUACUGUGGAGGACAACUGGCCACUGGACAUUGACGACUUGCUGAGAUUCUCCUACCAGGUGGCACAAGGACUGGAAUUCCUCACUGCCAAAAAUUGCAUCCACAGAGAUGUAGCUGCCAGGAAUGUGCUUCUGGCAAACAGUCGCGUAGCAAAGAUCUGUGACUUCGGCCUGGCGCGAGACAUCAUGAACGACUCCAACUACGUGGUAAAAGGAAACGCUCGCCUUCCUGUUAAGUGGAUGGCACCCGAGAGCAUCUUCGACUGCGUCUACACUGUGCAGAGCGAUGUCUGGUCUUAUGGGAUCUUACUGUGGGAGAUCUUCUCGCUGGGUAAGGGCCCAUACCCCAGCGUCCUUGUGGAUGGCAAAUUCUACAAGAUGAUCAAAUGUGGUUACCAGAUGUCUAGGCCAGACUACGCCCCACCGGAGAUGUACACAAUCAUGAAAAUGUGUUGGGACCUGGAGCCUACCAAGCGACCGACUUUCAGCAAGAUCAGCCAGCUGAUCGAAAGGCUUCUCGGAGAGCAGCCCGACCAGCAGAUUUACCAAAAUGUUCAACAGGAUGCUCCAGAUGAAGAACCCAGUGAAACACAAGAGGCUCCAAAGCACUGCGAAGGCUCCUGUGAUCAGGAGGAAGAGGAGCAACCACUGAUGAAGACCAACAAUUAUAAGUUCUGCUGAGGCGCCCAUCUCCGGCCCGAGGUGUCCAGGCUCUGUCUCAUAUUAACCAUCAACAGCCAACCUUUUGCAAACUACUAUGCUACAACGUAAACCAGCAUAAACCUAGUUAUAUUGCAGUUAGUCAUUCAACCCACAGAAGGGUUAUUUAGGGUGCUGAAUCAGGCAGACAGCAGAGGAACGACAGUGACCAUGACGAUGAACCAUGAAAUGAUGCAGAGUUUCCAGUAAGACAGUCUGGACAUCUAUUCCUUGUCUUUUUUUGUUCAAUGGAUACACAUAUUUCAAAGAAAAUAAUCCUGAAUUUCUUUAGUACGGUUACAAUAUUACUGGCUUACACGAGUGCCUAUGAAUAACAUUUUGUUUUUAUCUACCAAACUCAGGGAAGAAAGAUUGCUAGUCUCUCUGAAACCAUAAGCGUCAGCAUCUUUCAUGGAAAGUUCCUCACUGUGCAGUUCACAUGCACGCAUUCUGUGUGCAGACAAAACAUUCACGUAGUGUUUACAUUCCAGAGAGUAAGUAUGUCUGUUUAUUAGCGUACAACCUGGAAGGAUAUUCAUGAUUGGAUAUUAUUGGUUCUAUUCUAGAGAUCAAUUUAAAACUUUUCUUCAGCAGGUUAAUUAGAUUUAAUGUCUAAUGAUCUAAUGUUCACAGAUUUAUUUACAAUUAUUCAUCAUUAUUUUGGCUCGGUAACAGACCAAAAUAUGCAGCGAUCACUGUCUUCAGUUUUCAUUCAUUUAAUUAUGUAGCACUCAGCUUAUACUGCCAAAAACAUCCACGUAGUUACUUGAUUUUUUAUAUAUAUAUCCAACUGAUUUAUUUAAAGCCAGAAGGACUGAAGAUAAGAGUGGUUGACACCUUAUUUGUGGAUCAAUGUUCUCACAAAUGUGCUAUUUUGGACAUCAGUUUAUUAUUAAAACCUUGGUAAAUGGUAAAUGGACUGCAUUUAUAUAGCGCUUUUUACUACUCGUACGAGUACCAAAGCGCUUUACAGUUAUGCCUCACAUUCACCCAUCCACACACACAUUCACACACCGGUGGCGGAGGCUGCCAUGCAAGGCACCAACCAGCUCACCGGGAGCUUGAUAAAGCUUAAUGUUUAGCUCAUACUAUUAGCUUGCUAUGCUAGAGAAGACAUGUUUGUAUGUAUGGUUACAGAUUUACCAAGCCUACAGUAUGCUAAGCCAUGACGUAUAUAGAAUUGAUCUGAUUUGGCUUUUAAAUGUUUUUUUACUGUUUGCAUUUCAUGUUGUAAUUUGACUUACAUAUACACUGGAAAAUUUACAUAUCAGAACAUUUGUACUAACAUUUUUGUUAAAAUAAAAAAAUUAAGAAAUGAAAUGUAUUUUGCUUGUUACCAUACAUGCUGUUGAAUAAAAUGAACGAUUGUAAUGUA